AUCGUCCGACGAGCUGCAAUAGCUACUAACGUCUAGAUCCUCCAACAUGGCUGCGACCCCUUCUGGAUUUGUUACUGCCACACUCAACUACUUUCUGGAACCCGAGAAUGGUGGCGACAAGCUGUACAGGGCUGGCACUGCUGGCGAAAAACGUCGCAAGUACAAACAGGUCCAAGUGCAAAUCAAUGACGUUCGUGGUCAAGAAGACAACUUCACUCUCGAUCAACAUGGCUUCCAGCUAGUGAAAAGCGACACCGCAGAGAAGACUUUCGACGAUGAACAGCGCAUCCAGACCCUCUACUACGACGAAUGCGCGGAAUUGAUCAAAAAGGUCACUGGUGCUACCCUGGUCAAACCUUUUGGUCACGUGGUCCGUCGAUUGUCGUGGAAAGACGCAUACGAUGCCGAGAAAGACCUCCCAGACGACGCUCGCUCAGUGGGCCCCAGCAAUGCAAGAUUUGUGCACUGCGACGAAUCCUACAACGGCUCGUGCGAGCGCAUUAAACAGGUAUUCCCCGAGGACUCCGAAACGCUCGACCACUGUCGUUGGGCCUAUAUCAAUGUCUGGAGGCCCUUUGACUAUCCUGCCACGCGAGAUGCACUCUGCUUUGCCGACUAUGCCAGCAUUCGUGAAGACGAAAUUCGCACCAUCACAAUUCAGUUCCCGAAUAGAAGGGAUAGCGUCCUUGUCAGCGAUGGAAAUUGCAAUAAACCAGGUGCAAUACUCGAGAACGGGGAACGAGAUCCAUAUGCUCAUGGCCCCGAGACGGUCACUUCGGAAGCUCUACAAUGUGCUGCUCCGGAGACGCCAGACCAGCAUAAGUGGUAUUAUGCGUCUGAGAUGAAGCCGAACGAGGCGCUGUUGUUGAAGAUUUGUGAUAGUAAGAAAGGAGUUGCGAAUCGGUUGUUUCAUUCAAGCUUUGAAGCGGAAAGCGACUAUGGACCGGAUAGGCAUAGUUUGGAGGUGAGAUGUGCGGUAUUCUUCGAAGAUCAGCCUCUAGAGGAAUGAAAGAGGGAACUCUGUUGGCGCAGCGCCAUCGCUAUUUCUCGAGAACCGACAUUACCGAAAAUGAGGACAUGACAAUGACGACUUCACAAAGAUUCCACUUUCCCAAAGCCUCUCACUGCC